AUGUGGGUUCAGCUGCAUGGAUUACCAAUGGGCUACACAUCGCAAAGUGUUCUUGAGCAGGCCGGUAAGUUCAUUGGUACUUUCGUGAAACAUGAUGAUAGGUUUGUUGAGGCUCCCUGGUUAACUUUUUAUCGCAUUCGGGUCUCAAUUGCGGUUGGCAAGCCAUUGAGGAGGGGUAUGAAGCUGGUUAAGAGGGAUAGGACUACGUCUUGGGUGUCCUUUAAGUAUGAACGACUUCACAAGUUCUGUUUCUUCUGUGGGCUAAUGGGGCAUGUUCACACCUUUUGUUUGAAAGCAAGGGAAAGUCGGGUUCCGGAGAGUGAGUUUCGGUAUGGAGUGGAGUUGAGGGCGGGGGGUGGAAGGGGUGCUGCGAGAGGGGUGGGUGGGAGCUGGCUUAUUCCAGUAGGGGGGAGACCGUUACCGAUGCCGGAGAAUCGGCCGGCGGGUGGGGAGGGUGUUCGGGGAACGUUGGCGGAAGGUGAGGGUGAGGAGGGGGUUUCGGGAAUUGGGGUGUCGGAUGGAGGGGAGGUGGUGGCAACCGGGAAACGCCGCAGGGAGGGACAACAGGGGUGUGAGGGGAGGGAGGGUGAGGAUGUGACAAUGAACGAUGUUUCAAAAAACUUGUGUAUGGCGGGAGCUGUAUCUCAGCCCCUCCCGUCUUCAUGA